AGUCCACAGUCACCAAAGCCAAUCAACAAAUAUCUCUUCACGCUUCUCUUAGCUCCUUCCCUCCGCCUUCUCUCUUUCAUCUAUCUGCCUUUCUGUCUUUCUCUGUGUGUAGGUUUCACUUGGCCAUGUUUUUUUGGGGCCCUCAUCUCUACUGCCUUUUGUAAAUCCUAAAUAUCUUCGAAUCUCAAUGUUUCUUGAUCUGGGUAUCUAGUGUUCCUUCUUUAGAUCAUUGUUUUAGCCUUCAAAAAUCUGUGCUUUUGUUAAUUACAAGGGAGGAGCCGAGCUGGGUUUUUGGUUCUUUAUAAGUUUUGUUUGCUUUCUUAACAGAUUCAAAGUAAUGGGUUUCUUGUUGAGGAUGCACAUAAGCUUUUACCAAAACCAGUUCUAAUGAAUCCUUCUCUUGCGAAACUGAGGAUUGCGAGGCUUUUGUUGGAUCUUACUUUAGACGAGUUUAAGGAGCUUAAAGAUUCUUUGUCCAUGUGAGUACUUCUUUCACGAGAUUAUAAAAUUAUGGGUAGAGGUAGAGGAAAGGGAAAAAAGUUGACUGUUGGCAAUCAUGAUGAUCCUGGAAGUGGCGAGGAAGAGAAAAUUCCAGCCCAGAAAAGAAGGGGAAGGCCUCAAAAACCCCUGAAAGAUGAUAUUGAUGAUGAAGAAGUUGAAAAAAUAGAGGAGGAAGAUGGAGAGAAUGGAAAAGCAGGCAUUACAAGCAAAGAGGCAAAAAGUCCAAUAUCAGCAGAAAAUGGAAAGAAGAGGAAACGAUACACACAGGCAAAGGACAAACCUGAUUCAGUGAAGGAAGAAAAUGGUGUUGCUACUAGAUCGAGUACUGAGGAUGCAACUAAAUCUAAUGGAUUUCGACAUAAUGGAAGCAGGCGGAAAAACAAGCCUCGUCGAGCUGCUGAGGCAGGCGUUGAAUGCAAAUGAGGUUGUAAUUGGCUUUACAACGGGUCUCUUCUUUUAACUUGCUGGACAAAUUACAAGAUAGGAAGUGACGCCUAGUAAAUCCUUAGUGUCAUUUUGUUUUUUUGGGUUUAUUAUUUUGAUGAUCCUUUUUGGCAAUUUUCCAUUGUUAACUCCUUUCCAUUUCAUUGGGAGUAUAAGUACUGAUUUUCUGCCUGUAAUUUUUUAUAUUAAUAUUAUGUCUUUAUAUUAGCACUGA